AUGAGGCUCCUCCCACCCGUGCUCCUGAGCCUGGGCCUCGCCCUCGCGCAGCAACAGGCAGCGCCAUGCAACGGGCACAGUGAGCUCUGCGACCGGCGCUACAGCAACCUCACGCUGGUGGGCUCGCACGACAGUGCCUUCGUGGGUACCGGCGUGGCUGACAACCAGGAGACGACCGUCGCCGCGCAGCUGGCGCAGGGCGUGCGCUUCCUGCAGGCCCAGACGCACUUGGACAACAACACCAUCAAGUUGUGUCACACGCUUUGCGUUCUCGAAGACGCGGGGCCGCUGGCCACGUACCUCGGCGAUGUCAAGACGUUCCUGGAUGCCAACCCGCGCGAGGUCGUCACGUUGCUGCUCACCAACCAGGAUGGCAUGACCGGUGCGGCGUUCGAUGCCGUAUUUAGGGGUGCAGGGAUUCAGUCCUAUGCAUUUGCGCCGGGGAGAAAUCUGACUCUGGAUCAAUGGCCUACCUUGGGGCAGAUGAUCGACAAUGGACAGCGGCUGGUUGUCUUCAUGGACUUCCCAGCCGGAGAUCCGGUGCCUUACAUUCUCAACGAGUUCGACCCGUACAUCAUUGAAAGUCCGUUUGAUUUCACUGACCCAGCAUUCGCGCAAUGUUCCAUCGACCGGCCACCGGGGGCGUCCCCACAAGGACGUAUGAUUCUCGUGAAUCACUUUCUCGAUACCAACAUCUCAGGAAUUCUCAUCCCCAACCGCGGGGCCGCCAACGUGACCAACUCGGCCGCGUCCAUCACUGCGCAGGCGAACAUCUGCGUCGGACUCUACGGAAGCAACCCGAAUUUCAUACUGCUUGACUGGAUGAGUGUUGGCGAUGGCAUGGCUGUGCAGGCUAUGAUGAACGGGGUGCCGUUUAUCCCAAGCCCGAGCCCAACUGCGACCGGGGUGCCAGGCGAUGCGGCUUCUUCGUCGGCUGGGAAUAGCACUGGAACUGGGACCGGGACCGGAUCCGUGACGCAGACAGCGGUGGCCGGGAACACAUCCGCCUCUCGUGGAGAUAUCCUACUAGCGCCAUCAUCCCAGAUUGCAGCAAUCCUUGCUUGUGCUGUAUUGCUCCUGCUAGUGGAUUGA